AUGUGGGUAGAAGAGGGUAACAGCAGGUACUGCUAUUUUAAGGCGAAAGGGAAAUUAGCAAAGCAGAUGACGGAGGCCGAUGAGAGGCGAGUCGUCGAAAAUAACGAAACAGCGACCCGCAUUUUCCCGGCGCAUUGGGGCAAAGAAGCAGUCCUCGAGAACAUGGUGCUGAAAGCAACGCAGCGGAUAGACUCUGCCAAGGACAAGGUCCCCACACAAAUUUCAUCUGUGGAGGCUGUAGGGCGCUGCUAUCCUGCGAAGCGUGAUCCAGCCGCACGGCACAAAUUUGAGGCGCGUAUCAAUGAAUUGGAGCUGGAGGUCAGGGCCGAGCGGGAAUGGCGCAAUCGAUUGGAGUCCGAGGUCCACACGCUGAGGGAAACAGCUUCACGGGGGGGCCAGUCCUGGAACUUCCUCAGUGUGGAGUUUACUGCAGGCGUCCUCAAAGGAUUAUCUAAAAACUUUGACACAUCCAAGGUUCCCAUGGUGGGCAGCUCUAGCGGCGCGUUGGUGACAGCAUUGGCCGCAUGUGGUGUGCAUCCCGAGCACGCCGCUGAGGAGCUGGAGCGCCUGCUCAGCUGCGAAUCCAUCCUCAAACGCCGCUUGGGGCUGUUUGGUAUUUUGGUCCUACCUCCUAUGUGUUUUCACCGGUUUUGGGCUGCAAACCCCCAAGGCGCCGUCACGCGAACGUGGCUGGACAACUGCCUGCCUAACGAUGCAGGAGAGCUGCUCUCCCGGCGCUCCACCGUACUGGUGACCCAGCUGCCGCUGCUGACCACCACCCACAUCACCAACUUCGAGUCCAAACAGGACGUGGUUGAUGUCGUGAUGGCCUCAGCACACCUGCCGCUACUGCUAGACGGAAACUGGUAUGCAGUGUGCCGCCAGCGCCCAGUGAUUGACGGGGGGUUCUGGUGGUGGUGGCAUCGUUGCGACAAGCCGUACAGAGGGGUCUCUAGCGGCCGUACAGAGCCACUGCCGCCGCUGGCGCAGGAGCAGACCUCCGCCAGCGGCAGCGACGGCGGCGCAGUACUAGUCCCUGCGACCAAUUGCUACAGCUUCAAUUGCUACAGCCCCGACGGCCUCUCCGGCGGCAGAGCUCAGAACUACGAUGCAACGUACUGCGCCGACGAGUCGUUGUACGGCAAGACCAGCGUUUCAGGGACGCAAGCAACCCAUGCUCUCCCUGAUGGACAGCAGCAGCGUCAACAGCUUGGCUGGGUUCAGUGGUACGGCAUGAGCAGGCGGCAACCUGAUGGCGUUUUCGCGGCCACGGCGGCGCGGCCCGGCGGCGUUCCAAAAGCGGCGGCGGCGGCGGCUGCUGCGGCCGCACCGCCGCCACCGUCUUUGGCGACGGCGGCGGCGCCAGGGCACGGGACGGACCUCUGUCGAGGUUUUGUACGGCAGCUCAAUGUGUCCGCCGCGGCGGCGACAAGGUUGGUGGGAAAAACUGUUCUCAUCCAGCCCUCGGACGACGAUGCACUGGCGGCGGGCUGGCGGCGCUAUCGCCGAUGGCGUCCUGAUGACCUGUCGGCGGCUUGGGAGAUGAUGCGUCAUGGUGAGGUGUACGGCAGCGGAGCGCUGCUGCGGCGGUUGGAGGAAACGACCUGA